CCUUACUUUUCAAUUUAUUUUCUUCUGUUAUUUGUAGAUCGUAAAUCAAAAAAGUUAGUUGAAUUCCAUUUUAAUUUAUUCUAAUAGUUAAACAACAGUUUAGAUGUUUUCGAUUGAAUAGGAAAAUGAGUGAUGAAGAAGAUUUUAUUUGCAAGUGUACGGCAAUGCCAAAACUAACAAGCUUUAUUGUGAAGAAUAAUAGUGAGAAUAAAAGCGAAUUUGGGAAAGGAAAAUAUACGAAGAUAAAUGUCUCCUCUAAAAUGCCUAAAAUUAAUGCAACAGGUAGUACAGAAUCUAUGACAAAUAAGCACCACAUACCACCAAACAUAGAACAAACCAAGAAUAUUUCUAAUGAUAAUGGAAAUACGACAAAUUGCUGUUCCAAUAAAUCAGAACAAAGUUACACUGAUGGAAAUACAAAAUGGACCAAUCAUUCUUUAAAUAAAGUCGAUAGUUUAGCUGAUAAAAGUAGUACAAAUUUAAAGGAAAUUGAUAAAGACCUUUUUGAACAGUCUCAGAAUGAUUCUUUUAUUGAUUUAUGCAACUCUACGCAAUUCCUAGAACAAAUCGAUAAAUGUGUAUUAAAUAGUGGUUUAAUGACUCAAAAUGUAAUUUCAAAACCUGCAGUCACUUCUAUUAGUCAGAUCAACCCUCCUGCUGUAGAUAAAGAUGCAAAUAGAAAUAAAAGAAAAAGUUUUGAAAAGGAAGAGAAUGUAAGUAAAGUUUUGAAGAGGAAUAAUGAAACUAUCAGAAGUUCAAACAAAACUAAUGACGAUAUUUGGAAUGAAACCGUUGAUUUCCGUGUGACGCAGUUAUUUAAAAAUUCCCAAUAUCAAACUCAAAUAGCUUCAUUAUUUGAAGAAGUAGAAACAUCAAUUUUUCAAUUGGGGCCAAAUCAAGAUAAAUUUUUAUUGCCCGAUCAAACAAUUCGAAAUGACAAGAGAAUUCUUAAUUCUGUUACAAAUUUUAAUAAUUCUGAAAUUGAUUGGAAGAAUGAUUCACUGAUGGUAAAUGCAAUUAACAAAAUGGAUGAAGGCAAUGGCAAUUUUGAUAAUUCUUUAAAGAAUGCUCUUCUAAAAAAUAUUGAUAAAUCCUUUAUUUCACAGCAUUUAGUUAAUAAGACCUUGCUAACAGAAGUUGUGUUUAAAGAGUACGGACCUUUCUUUGGCUUGCCUAUGAAAGUGAAUGAACUAAUACAACAUUUCAAAGGAAUUGAAAAGCUGUAUGAUUGGCAGGAGGAAUGUUUAAAUCUACCGGCUAUAAAAAAUCGCUCUAAUUUAGUGUAUGCUUUACCUACUAGUGNUUUUUUUUUUUUGGACAAUGUAAAAAUACACUACUAA